CAAAGACCUCCCUUGGAAAGGAAAGAAGAUUUUGUCGCCGAAAAUAGCGUCUUCUUAUUUUUGAUAUAGUCCGCAGUCGGUAUGCAGGAAGAAGAUAGAAAAGCCUUGCGAAGUAACAGAGAGGCAUUGUUGAAAGAUCUAGAGGCGAAACCCGUCGCAUCGCUGCUUUACUCAAGGGAAAUCUUUAGCGAAGAAGAUAAAGACAGUGUGAAUGCUAAGUCGACUCCAUCCGAACAGCGAGAAGAAGUUCUGGACAUUUUACCUCGGAAAGGACCUAAAGCGUUUGGUGUGUUUUGUGAUGUUUUGCUUGAAGUCUCUCCGCAUCUAGCAGCACUACUGCGACCUAUUCAACAGGACGGUAAGGCCGGUAUGUUGUUUUAAGUGAGACUAUUGGUGAAGUCUUAUAACUAUGCUUCACUUUCAGGCAGAUUUUUUGAUGGAAUGAAUGACUUAAACUCAAGCUUACGCGGUCAUUUUAUACAAAUUGUUCCAGACCUUCUGCAAAUAGCGCGGUUUUUAUUUUUGUAUUUGAACCCUCGAGCUCUUUAAUUGGCAGUUGAUAUAUAUGGGUGUCUAUAUAUUUCUAUUUCGAUUCAAUAAGACUCCUAUUAACCUAUUAGCUGAAAAAGUGGAGGUAUUAGUCAUUUGUGCUGACUCAGAUCUGGCGUCGUCUCCGUUUGAAGAUAACUUCCAGAAUAAACAGUUUUCUUGGAAGGAAAGGACGUCUGAAAUAUUAUAAUUCCUUUGUCUCGGUUUAUGAAUCUUGAGAAUAUUCCUUUUCCUUGUCACUCGAAUCCAUCAUCAAGUACAAUCCGUGACGUCAUUGAAGGUGCAAUGUUUUGUGAACAUGUGAUGAAACAAAGGUAGUUACAGCUCAAAGAUAAGCGUCCACGUUAACGCGCUUCAAACUAGUUCGCGAAAAAUUCGUCAACGCGAGUCCGUUUACCUAACGCACUUCAAAAACGUGCUUGCAUCAGGACUGAUUAGUAUGUAUGAGCUAGUGUAUUGUUCCUGGUUUAUUGUUAUCGCAACAGCCGCAACAAAAGGCUUAACAAUGUCUACACGAUUCGGUGAAGACUGAAACAGGGUUUCGAUUCUAAACAGUGAUCGUUACUUGACUUCAGAAUACGAAAUAGAACGAACGAAUAACAAACACAUAAACUUACUUGGAGACUAAGUUUUAAGUAAUGUUCUAACUUCUCGCACGUAAGAAAUAACUUUCUACCCUAUAAAAUAACAAUUUUAAAACUCUACUAAGAGUUUAAUUCUUGCAAGAAAUUCCUGAACUAUGCAAAUUCAAGAUACAGGAGCAGUUGAAAUUUGCAUUGUUUCUCACGGCCCGGCUGAUACUUUGCGUCGAAAUCUUAAUAAAAACUAACCUGAGAUCAGGCCCAUUACAAAGCGAAACGAAAAUUGAGCCUGAUCUCAGGUUAAAUAAAAACGUUCAGAGGUAGGCAGUUCACUACAGCAGUUGAACGUGAAAAGCAAUCCAUGAUCUUUUAUCUGUCAAAUCCAAAAUAAAAGGAGGUUUGUGUAAAUAAAAGUCAGUUUAAUACUAACCUGAGAUCAGGAUCAAUUUUCGUUUCGCUUUGUAAUAACAUUCCGGCGCGCAAGCGGUAGCCGUUAGAGAGAAUGUAUGAGACCGCUAGAAUUGGGCCUGAUCUCAGGUUAGUUUAAUACGCGACGGUGUGUAAACAAUGCCCUCGUUGCUUUUGUUCUUCGGCUUGUCUUUCGAAUUCUACUUGCCGAUUUGUUUUUGACUAUCUGUUUGUGAAUGUCCACCGGCAGCUGAAUUGCUGGUCAUCGGUGUCUACAGUCAGGGUGUUUUUUUUUUCUGCUGGAAACUUUACUUUUAAUUUGACCGCUUGACCUAAAAUGCUAGCUUUCGCGAUACGCAAAAGCAUGUCACUUUGAUACUUCGCCGCUUCGCUUUUUUAAUUUGUGAGUAGUCUACUAUGUUGUUUUUACGCCCCUUUGGUGGAUAGGUAAGCAUAGUGUAAGGAUAGGUAAGGACAGUUUAGGGAUAGUCUAUGACGUCAUCCAUUGUUAUAACCUAGGGAAAAAACGCGUUCCUCCAUAGUAAUUAAGUGCCUUCCUCCAUAUAUAAUGAAGUGGAUAGUCGUUUCUUGGAAGAACACAAUUUUCUUUCAAGAAACGACUAUCCACUUCAUUAUAUAUGGAGGAAGGCACUUAAUUACUAUGGAGGAACGCGUUUUUCCCUAGGUUAUAACAAUGGGUGACGUCAUAGACUAUCCCUAAACUGUCCAUACCUAUCCCUAAACUAUCCUUACCUAUCAUUAACCUAACCCUAACCCUAAACUAUCCUUACCUAUUCCUACACUAUCCUUACCAAAGGGGCGUGAAAACAAUAUAGUAGACUACUUUGUGAGACGUGAAAUCUUGUUUACAUAAAUGUCGAGAAGUCGACUAUCAAAACGAGAACACAGUUUAUUCAACGCAAGACUCAAAACACAUGUUUGUGUCUCAUUAUCACGUGUUCAUGUCAAUAAAAAAAACCGGAAGCAGAGGCACAUUCCCACCCCUAGUGGCGACACAAAGUCAAGACGAAUUACUGUAUCUAGAACUAGGUCUCCGCUUCGUCUAACAAACACAGUUUUGUGAUUGGUCUCUUGUACUCCCGUAUUGAGUACACACUGUGAAUGCUGGGACCAUCCCAUCUUGUCCAGGAUGAGUAGACACAAUCUUACCCACAAUCCUAUUCCUCGGGGCUGGUUCGGUUCUGCAACAAGCACUACGUCUCCUUCCUUCAGAUUCUUUCUCUUCUCUCUCCACUUCUUCCUCUCUGUGAGACUAGGGACAUACUCCUUGGCAAAGCGCUUCCAAAAGAAGUUUACAAGCGCUUGAGACUAGUUUCGUUGAGUUGAUCUCUCAUUACUCGGGUUUGCUCGCAGAAGCAGAAAAUGAUUUGGCGUCAGCGCUUCUAUAUUACCCGCAUCGCUAGAGACAUGUCUGAUUGGACGACUGUUCAGUAUCCCUUCUGCUUCCACCAGAGGAGUUCUAAGCGCUUCUUUAGCAACGAUCCUGUUUUGCAGCACGGACUUCAAGGUUUUGUUUGUACACUGCACUAACCUCUCCCACGUGCCACCUUAGUGGGGUGCACUUGGCGGUUGGAAAUUCCACUCAAUCUUCUUUGGUGCACAAACGUUUUGUACUUUCUCUUCAUUCAGUUGCUUAAGACAUUUCAAAAGCUCAUUACUGGCCUCUACACGGUUAUUUCCAUUAUCGCUGUAUAUUUUUUGUGGUCUCCCACACCGCCCAAUGAACCUCUUCAAAGCCAUAAUGAAAUGAUCCGUUGAUAGAUCGUCCACCAGUUCAAGAUGGCAAGCUCUAGUAGCCAUGCAAACAAACAAACAAACAACCGUGCACUUUAACUUCACUGCGUCUCUCCUUAAUUAUUAUAGGACCAAAAUAAUUCAACCCCAGUGUUCCUGAAUGCCAUUCCAGGUUCACGUCUACACUCAGGUAAGUUUCCCAUUUGCUGCUCCCGGGGAUUUAUUGUCUGACGAUAACAGUAAUUGCACUUAAAUUUCACGCUUCUUACAGCUUGACGAUAAUGGAUGAUCCAAUAAUCCUGUUUAAUUAGAUUCAGCAAAUGUUCGGUUGGUGGAUGGCAGUAGGUACGAUGGAGGCCUCGUUGGGGGUGUCUGAGUAUCCUGUAUCCCAUUAGUUUUUUGGCUAAAAUAUCCUGUAUCCCGUUAAUUCUUGUGGUUCGUAUCCUUAUAAUGCCAGUUAUCAUGAAUACGUCAUUGAGCGUGAUGUUUGGACGAACGGAAACCACAUUUUCCUGGGGCAUUUCGUAUUUCAAAUAGAAAUUACGUGCAAAUACGACAUCAUGUUUAUUGAUGGUAUGCUCUUAAGUAACAUUCUUUAAAGAACUGCUAAAAAACUGAGGUGACUUCAAAGCAAUGAGUCACCUUAUAAAUCAUUAUGCUCUACUGUCAUAGGAUGGUUUUCACCAGCUGUCAUAGGUGCAUUUCGAUCCUCGCUGUUUCGCUGAUUUGUUCCCUCGGCGGUCCGUUGUCGCACGGCUCUCCUGUUGUUGUGUUUCUUGCGGCUCGUGGGCAUUUAUGCUUCUGGAAUUUCAAUUCCACUGUCCCACAAAUGAUAAAAUACAAUCGCACGAGCCCAGCCUAAGGUCGCAACGCGCGACUUAUCUCCAGCUCACCGCACCCGCCCCUGGUGCAGUCUCCAGGUUACUCAUGAUUGUGUGAAUCUCGGAUACUCGAUUUCCCACGAACGCCUUGUAGUUGGAGCUCGUCUGAUGAAUCCAAUGAAGAACGGUGGUAGAAUCACUCCAAAAGGUUAUCUUCGCUGUCUUUGUCAUUAACUCUGCCGCUAUAGUGUUUCAGCUAAACGAGCAGCAAUAAGAGCUGCCAUUAGUUCAAGUCUACAGAUACACUGUGCCUUAAGAGGCGCAACUCGAUCUUUCCCAGCGACUAGUCUGCAUUCAACUACAUUAUCUUCAAACUAUCGUCUAAGGUACGCACACGCUCCGUAAGCAUCUUGGCUCGCCUCACAAAACACAUGCAGGUUAGUUUCUCGAAAUGUCAUGUUCCUGCUGAAUAGUGCUCGCGGAAUUUUACAGUUUCAAGCAGUUCUGAUUCUUUAAACCAUUCGCGCCACUCACGAAGAUCAGCUUCUUUCAACUCAUCAUCCCAUCCGUACUUUAAGCUAUUCAGAACUGGAGGAGAAGUCCUCGAGGAUCCCACACAGAGAACGAUUGGUUUAAGAUUGUUCUCUUUGUAGUAGCAGGUUCUUGUUUAAGUGCAUUGAACCUAAAUACAAAUUCUUGAGCAUCCUACGUAACGCCCAAUGCAGGGUCUGUUGCUAAUUUAUUUUCACUCAAAUAAAGGAAACGCGAAGAUCUAUCCUCUACCGGGAUAGUUGCUAAUACCUCAGGGUCGUUUGUUUACCGCUUGUGCAGGUGGAAGCCUCCACAGCGCAGUAAUUCUGUCAUUUGUCUCCGCAUUUCUAUGGCUUCUUCUCUCGAGUCAGUAGACGGUAGACCGUCGUCCAUAUAAAAAUGCUUGUAAACGGCUUUGACUCCAUGAGGUAGAUCUCCCCCAUUCUCAUCUGCAUUCCGCCUCAAUGUAUCGUUGGCACGAGAUGGCGCCGACACUUCUCCAAACAGUGUCCUCUGGAGCUGGUAGACACUCGGUUCUUUGCUCGGUGAUUCUUCCCAAAGAAACCUCAUGGCUGGCCAAUGCGGUAAACGCAACAUGUGGUACAUUUCUCGCACGUCUGCUGCUAAUGCAAUUGUUCCUUCGCAAAAUCUAAGCAAAACACCAAACAACGACGAAAAGUAAUCUGGUCCUGUGUACAGGUUUUGAGCCCUGAAUUUCGCUGAUGCAUCAUAUACUGUCCUGAGACGAUCAGGUUUUUUGGGAUUGAUAACGAAACGGUGUGGUACCAGGUACCAGUACCAGUACCAGUACCAGUACCAGGUGACUUUGCUAUCAGUGCAUACUUCUUCUUUGCUUAGUUUUCUCAAAUGACCCUUCUCAAUGUCAUCCUGGAUUGACUUCGCAUAUCGUUCUUUAAUUUCGAGACCAUUUUUAAACUUCUCCUCUAACGACUCGUGUCCGCACAGCCAUGUCAUAGUUAUUAGGAAGCGAUGGGUCUUCUUCGCGCCAAAGCAGCCCUGAUACAUAAGCGCCUUCACCCUCCAAUUUCUCAGUUGUCUGCUCCAUUACUGCGAACGCUCGUCUGUCCUUGGGAUCUGCUAGCUUCACCACACCUAGUGAAUGUACCUCCGACUGAGCAGUAAGCAACCGCUGCAACUCCUCCUGUUCGCCUACACUUGUUUCAUACACUUUAAACGCAUUGUAUGGUGAUGCCACCUUUUUUUCACCGGGUAACCAGAUAGUGACUGCCCAACGAAGAGCUGUCUCGACUGCGUAUGGUACUCUGUCAGCAUGUGACUGUCCUGAAGGUUUUUCAAUCCGCAUUGGUAGAAUCAAAUCUGAGUUGUUGCUUCCUAUUAGCAGUCGCACUGGACCCAUGCCCGUUUCGUUCAAGUCCAAGUCUUUCGGGUGGCUAAAGUUCUAUUUAAUCCCCGACCACUUUAUCUUCUGAUCCGGACCACUUAGGUUAGGAGACGUUUUUACAUCUCUCAGUACGUACUUCACCCCUUCUCUUCCAACUCUAGGAAUUUGACAGUUCUUUAUGUGUUGCGAGGUAAACGCCUUCUCUGCAUUAAAACCUUGAAUUUGCAAGUUAAGACCAAGUGACUGAGCCAAUUCUUCAUCCGUAAGUGUUGUUUUACAUCCUGAGUCACCCAACGCCAUAACUUGUUGCUCGCCUCUCUCUGAAAACAGAACUACACGCAGCACCUCAAGCAACACACGACCGCCAACCUCGCACCCUAAACACAACGAGUGAUGACACUGCUCCCGUGAUUUCUCUGACUGAUUUAGAGGUCUCUUCUCACCCUCCGGAACGGAAGGUUUCUAGGCUCCUUCACCCCAUCUCGAUCGCUCAACAAUGUUCAAGGCAACCUCAUGAACUAGAGUAUGGUGACGCAUGGCACAGCCCUCAACUUUGCAUCUGUUCUUAGCAUUGCAUUUGUUCAGUCGAUGGCCCGGCAACAGACAAGAGAGACAAAGUUUAUGUUCCUCAACGAGUUUCUCUUUCUCGAGAGUGGGCAAUUCUUUAAACUAAUUACACUCCUCUAACGUAUGACUUGUCGAGUUAUGAACUGGACACUUCUUUGUCAACUUUUCAUCAACUGAGGGAGUCUCUUGUGUUGCUCCCGCAAACAGUCCUGGCACUGGAUUGCCACUAGACUUGCGUGAACCACUCUUAGGUAAAUCACUCCUAGUCGAAUCAAACCUUCUCCAUUCUCGCUUCUCCGGCACCCUUCCUCUGCUUUGAUUCGCAUAUUUUCACUUCUUUUUCUAGCCAAUUCUCCCACGACUCCCAGGUAGACCGUUUCGAUUUUCCUUCCACAAACUCAGCCCAUCUACAGCAAAGACGAACAGAAAACUUAGCAGCAUUUGCUUCGGGUAUCUGCAAGUUUAACUAAUGAACAAAGUUGUGUUCCUUAUACACGCCCAUUAACUCCAACACCAUUUUUUGAUACUGCCUUAUCUGCUCACUAUUUUCUUUCGUUAUGGAAAUUGAUCUAAAGGCCUUUUAGCUGCCGACAAAACAGUGUCCACGCUACCAAAACGCUCAUCGAGCGCAGUCCAUGCCUCCAUAUAUUUAUCAGAACCUGGCAUGAAUUUUGCCAAACAGGACUUUGCACUUCCUUCCACUGCAUGUAGCAGAAAUUUAAGCUUCUCUGUAGUAUCAUAAACCCCUUUUUUGUCCAGUUCCACUUUAAAUGCUGCUUAAAUUUUGGCACACUUGGUUUGAAAAUUUUAAUGAACGCUGCAAGCAUUUUCUCAAAAAUUGAUCUAGCUCGACUUGAGGCUCACCUGGGGUCCCUUGGGCAGGCAGGCUGUACAUCGUAUUUUCGCCUCGAGGUUUUCUUGUCUCCGGUUUUACACUUGGCUUAAUUUCUCCAUUUUCAUCGCCUUCUUCAACACCUGGAACGGUUAAGGAUUCUUUACCAACGGGACGUUUAUCAUCAACAACAGUCUCAGUGUUGGAAGCAGAGUUCAGAUGUAAGCGUGAAACUCGAUCCUCUACACUAUCAACAGGUAAUCCCGCCAAAUCUUUAUCGUCAAUAUAUCCAUGAUUAGAAUCCUCAAUAGCAGGGGCAUCUUCGUAAGCCACUUCUAAUUUCGCUUUUUUAGCUCUCCUUUUAAGUUCUAGCAGCUCGGCACGUCACUCCGCUUCAACACGCAGUAGCCUGAUCUCUUCUUCGCACCUUGCUCGGCUAUUUUUAACUCAAGGGCGAGUUUCUCUUCUUGAAGUUUCUUUCUCAGAAUUGAGCUUUUACUUGCUUUGGACGUACUGGUAGUCUCGCUAGAUGGAAAUAACUUCAGUGUUUGGUUUCUGUUUCCGUUUGAAACACUCAUUUCAGACACAAUUGCACAAUCACUCUCGACGUUCCCACGCGUUGCUGUUGUUUGCUUUUCAAGUUUGACACGAAUUUCACUCGGCGGUUGAAUAACUCUAUACUGCUUUCACUGUUUGACGCGAAUUUCAUUCGGUGGUUGAAUAACUCUAUGCUCCUUUGUUUUUCACACUUUCGCUCUCAAAGUUACACAAAAUAUUCCGGCUCGGUGGACCAAAUGUCGAGAAGUCGACUAUCAAAACGCGAACACGGUUAACUGAACGCAAGAUUCAAAACACAUGUUCGUGUCUCAUUGUCACCUGUUCAUGUCAAUAAAACAAAAAACCGGAAGCGGAGGCACAUAAAAGUUUCGAUUUAAAUAUACAUGUAAAGCUUAAGAAAACUUCAGAAACCUCCAAGAGCUUUGAAAACAACAUACAGUAUAGUGCAAUACAAUCCGCUUUUGAAACAUCGCACAAUUUUUCGUCACGGUAGUUGCAGUCACGUGCUAGGCAACACAAAAGUUCACGCGUAUCAUGUUCAGGCUCGAGAGAUUAACUUAAACUUUUAAGAACGCGCUAUAUUUCGUAGUAGAAUUAAGACCUUUGGGUCUCGGAAGUUUUCAAGGAUCACGAACGCAAUUUCAGAGACAAAAAGAUUGGUCAUGUUACCGACACUUGUGUGUGUUACAGCUGAUCUUUAUCAUGCCGGCGGCCAGUAAGUCCUCUCAAAAAUCACUAGGAAGCGGCCAGAAGUCUGUCCCAGAUGCUCCCGAUUAUGAAUUUGGCGGGAAAUGAAAGUGCGCCCAAAAUUGAAACUUGAACACAAAUGUAACAGCAUCACAGCAACAUAGAUGCACAGGAGCUUAUGAUGCGUCGUUCUUAAUAAAUCUGUGUUCUUGCACUCGUCAAUGCAAGGUUUUCCAUUCUGAAAAAAACAGAAGCCAACUAAACGAAGAACGGACAGGUUUUGGAUCAGAGAAUAUUUGAAAAAACGAGAGAAAUAUGGUCAGUUCCACACACUGUUUUCCGAGUUGCGCCUAUCAGACAGAGAGUUACUUCUUUCGUAUCUUUUUGACUACGCUUGGAUUCUUCUAAAUCAAGCAACUCUGAAAUCUUUCGCCGGGCGUUGUUCUUUAUUUUCCGAUCUUUAUAAUCUGCACAGGCACGGUUGUAAAUAACGGGAAAUUCUUUUAUGAUAUCCAUGAACGCCAUAUCAUUCUUUUUUGCCUCUUGGGCAAGAGAUUCGAGAUAGCUAUCACUCGUUUUUCCGAGAGAAACGACAUGUCUAUUUGUGAUAGGGGGACUGGUGCUCAGCCAUUUAGGGGAUUGGCAAUGAGCAAAAUCCAUCGCCGACGUCCCCGACGGUACAAAUUUGAGUUUUCAUCUGUCGGGAAUGACCGCCGACCAUUGUAGAAAUCUUGGACGCGUCGGGAAAAUAGUAACGCUCCCGAUUCUCCACAUUUGUCCCCGUCCAUCUUAGACGAUCGGGGAUAUCCACGAUUUUGAGUUUUCAUUAGUCGGCAAAUCUGGGACAGUCGGGAAACAUUAAAAUCCCCGAUCGUCUGGGAUUUUCCCGACAUAUGAAAACCAGGCUUAUGGUCGAGAUACCCGUUUCUAGCUAUUUAUAAGUGAUUUUGAGGGGGCUCUUCGUUUUUGGGUCUUAGGUCUUAGGUCGUCGUUUUCUACCCACCCAGGUUUUGAUAGAAAUAGAAUAUUCUAUACCAUUCAUUCAUAUCGGCGGUUGGGGAGCAUUUCUUUUCUUUUAAUUGGGAAAACAAAGCAAAAACAAUGAAGCAUUAAACAGUGAAUAACAAAAGCGAAAGCUAGUUUCAAAAACGCGCCAAUAUAUUUUAUUAGGCUCCUAAUCGUCAGAUGUGAGAAAUCUUUCUUUAUUCUCUGUGAUGCACACAUAUCUAACAAAAAGUGUUCUUAUAAAUACAUGCAAAUACCUUUGUGUGGAAGUAGACUUCAAAUAUCCUGUUGUUGGAGAUGAAUAUCCGGUAUAUUAUUCCCCGAGCCCAAAUGGGCUCUGAGUCAAUAGCUCAUGAGGCCGAAGGCCGAAUGGGCUAUUGAUUGAAACUUCCUGUACUUUGAAAAGAUUUCCAAGGUAUCCUAGAUUAGUAAAAUCCAACUAGUGGUCUAUUAUCAAUGCUGCGUUCUGAUUGGUUGAGCUACUACUAGGGUAUAUGUGAUAACCCACUAGUAGCGAAAAGCGACAACAAAAGGAUUAAAAUCUAGCUUUAACUAGCUAGAUUUUUUUUAUUGUCGAUAUUUUUGACCAACUAGUUGGAUUUUACUAAUCUAGGAUAGCUUGGAAAUCUUUUUAAAGUACAGGAAGUUUCAAUCAUUUUACGUAAACCACGUGCCAGCUCUGUACAAAACAAACCUGUUUUUCCUUGCUGCCUCAUGUCUCAUUUUAGCACUGUUGUUGUCAACUAAUAAGGAAAGCCUUCAGAGCAAAGUUUAAGACCAUCUAACAAAUUUUCAUGUUUAGUAUUUAUUUAAGGUUUUGAAUUCCUUUUUCAAGGCCAAGGUGUUACAUCCAAAAAAAGGGACUACUCAACGUUUUACUGGCCAGCGCAAACAGGAAAUUUUGUAUUUGUGUCCUGUAAGGUGCUUAACUGAAUAAUUAGCAUUUAUUGAAUUCGGCUUUCGUAGGAUAUGAAGAAUUCUGCAGAUCGACUAGGAGGGUGUUAUCCACCAAGUGAAGGCCGAGGAUGACACCGUCCUCGAUUUGCAGAAUUCUUCAUCUCCUAUAUACGAAAGCCGAAUUCAAUAUUUAUUCUAUUAUUCGUUCAAAAAUAAUUCCAAGUUUCAAAACGAAGCUAAAACAUGCUAACCUUGGUCGAUGUAAGUUCAGAUCGAUAAUACAUCUUUAUCGGAAAGUUUAGGAGAUAAAGGUCUGUUCAAGUCACUCUGCAAAUAUACUCCAAAUACCAGAAGUCGUCUGUCUUCAUGCUGUUCUUGCCAUGUUUUUAAAACAAUAUUUCGCCGUGAAACGAGUAAAAUGUUCCGCCGACUGUUCCGCCAUUCUGUUCUAACUACCAAAACAACUCAACCUCGUCCCCAGGUUUUCACGGUCAACGGUUCAAUAACAUGCAUUAAGGCUGCACUUUUGACGUCAUUUUGACGUCAUCGGUUCAAUAUGAAAAAAUUCUUUUCAAAUUUGGUCAACAUUAGCUGGUUAUUAUGCGUGUGAUUUUAACCAAAGAAACAGGGAAAUAUUUUGAAUGAAUAAUAAGAUCCUUUACUGUAACCUAAUAUAAAACUUUGUGUUCUUACAAAUGAUAGAGCGAUUUUAUUUGACCCGUGAAACAGUUAAUAACUACUAGUGCAAAAUAGCUACAAAUAAACAAAAGAAGACAAUAGAAUUAGUGCGUAAUAGUGCGUAGUAUUCUACUCUACCUUUUUAUCAGGUUAAGUAAAAUCACUCUACUAAUUAGUCUCGCUUCCACAACCAGCGAGACUCAUAAUCUACAACGCGUUUUUCUUCGUAUUUAUGACACAGAAGGGAGGUUAUUGUGCCAAGCGUUCCUAGCGGAGACCGUGGAAACUGGGAAUAAGAAUCGUUGCGUGAUCGAAGCCACCGAAGCCACGCAUGUCUUGCGAAGAAAACUUAGGAGAGAUUAAAUUUAGAGCUUUUCCGAAACGUGUCGGUCUACGAAUUCUAUCUCUUCAAAGCGCUCAUUACUUUGGAACAAGUGAACACUACUGAGUGGUCGAAAGAAAAUAAGAAUUUUAAUUAGCAAAACUGCGAUGGUCAGGUGUUGUAAACUUUCAUUGUAUGCAAAUGGCCUUGUGAUGAGCAUGCGUUUUAUUUUCGGCGAUGAUUGAAAUGAGAGGUCAUGUAAAUCAAUCUUUGAUCUCUGGCAAUGAUGUAAUUUCCCUGGAAUCGAGGCCCCUGAAUCUCGUGUAUUUAUACAGGUGUAUAUCCUGCGACCGCAGACGUAUUUCCGUUCGUCGCUAACACGCGUAAUAAAUCAAUUCAGAAACGAAUAUAAAGUAUCGACGUCGAUAAAGUAGGAAGUAAAAAACCUGUAGCGAGUAAAUCCUGUUUCGUGUAAUAUUAAUCGCCUCUUCAUUUCUCGAUCUAAUCUCCAAGCAAGCCGGUCGAAACGCCGCUGUAAGGGCGUUCUUGUUUCGACUUAAUUUGUUUAUUGGUCAUUACUAAUGUUUUGAUAUACAACAUUGCGGCUAAAGUUUAUGGUGACCAAGACUGGAGGCAAUUUUAACUUUUUCUUCGCGCUAGGCAUUUUUUCUCCUGAGUGUGUUCUCAACAGAACAUGACCCCAUGUACUUUGUGAAGUGAGUUACACAAAGGCAUAUUAACCUCUAGAUCAAAAACUGAAUUUGUGAAUGAUCUUUUUUUACCAGAUGGAGCUAUCGAUGGACCAGGCAGUACGGCACCUAUUCCUGCAUCUGGAGUCCCUUCAGGUAUAUCUUAAAAGCUAGAAAUUCAGAAAAGCCUGCAGAUAGAAAUCUUGCUUGUAAGGGCAAAAAAUUAACCUUUUAUUCACUCAGUUAUUUUACAAGAAAUAUGAAAGAAGAUUGAAUUAAAUUGGUUAACUAUAACAACCAUGUCACCUAGAAUGACCAUGUACUAUCACAUUGAAGACUCAAUUGUUAAAUUAAAAGAAACCGAUAUCAUACCACUUAACCUAGGGUAGGGUGAAAAGGAGCGGAAGUGAAUGUGUAGGUAAUACGAACAAGCUAAUAUGAUUUUAAAAGGAGAGCAGUAAAUUUAUUUGCUCAAAGUUGAGGCAGCUCAUCUGUGAGAAGAUUAUGAAAGAUAUUUUUAAAACUUUGUAAGUCACCUUCCAAAGACAAAGAGCAACUUGAUCCCCCACUAGCAUGCAAAUAUCAGCAUCCGUCAGGUACUUGCUUGGUGAAGAAAGCAAUGUGUUUUCCGUUGUUGGUGACUUUGACAGCAAAUUGGUGAGAAAUGAUGUCUUUAUACUCCCUUCUUAGCUGAGAUUUUUGGGAAUGGCUGGCUUCCAAAUAUCCUUGUUUAAAUGAUAGUUAUGUACAGCUGAAGAAAAUACUUUGUACAAGAUCUGCCAUUUUUCUUGCUUUAGUCCCACACUACUGGUCACCAGUUUUGCCCCAUUUGAUUAAAUGCCUGGCUAAGAUAUUAUCAAUUGCCUGAACGUCUGUCUAUCCAUAACAGAAUUUGAAUGUUGGGAAAAAGUUUACCGCGGAGCAGUGUUGUUUCCGAGUAUAAUGUAUAAUUACGUUGUACAGUGUAGGGCGUAAAGUAAUUCCUUAAUUUUGUACUGCGCAUCACCUACUGCGCAUAACAUUGUAACAAAAGGUGGCGGUAUAUGUCACUGGUCACCUGAAUAGAGCUAACAAAGGCCGCUUUUGUAGUCUAAAUGGUUUUAAUAGCAAUUGGGAUAACUCUUCCUGGCUGAAAAGCUGCUUGUCUUGACCUCGCCCCAGUUCCUUCGUGCAAAAUGAUCAUUUGAAGCCAAAAUUGCCGCCUUGUUGUCUUUUUGCGAUAAAACAAUAAUGAUGACCCGCUAUUUUAUUGGUGUUUUUAGUGAUUGUGGCUACGCUGUACAAGAAAAGUAUAUUUUAAGGAGAAAAAAAUCUGGAUAGUAGAAGUUGCAUCAAUUACAUUUGUAAAUAUUAAUCACAUAAAACUCCCUAUUUAUUUGGAGCCAUAGAGGAGUUUGAGAUUAUGUUAAAACUAUAUUUUUGUUACAUUUUUUGCAACAUCGGCUAAUAUGAAGUCACUUUACUGAAAACUAAUAGUUCAGACAAACAAAUGGGCUUAAGAAUUUAGGAAGAUUCACAGUUUUUGCAAAAUAACAGGAAUUUUUAACGGUUGUUCAAUUUUCAAACAUUUUGCGUGCAGCUACAUGGAGGUGGAGGAAAAACACAAAGAAUUACAGGCACACAGAGCGAAAAAAAGCACCCAUCGUUUCCCACUUCUCUUGCAUUUGUUCUCCUGUCUAUGUACCAGGCUUCUUUUCGUUGCAAAAGUUUCCUUAAAAAGCAAUAGAUAAUGAAAUUAUUUGAUGGGAAGUACGGGUGUGUUCUGGAACAAGAUUUUUAUUGCAAGUUUUUAGUCAAUUUUACAUGGUUUUUGUGUUUUCUCUGGCCUCUUUGACUGAAUCAUGCCCAUGAAUACAGAAGGGUGCAAAGUUAUCUAUGACUAUGAUGUCACAAGUGCUAAAAGGAAUGAGGAACCGUAUGGAAGAUUUAGCAAGGGCCAACUCAUUUUUGGAUUAGCUUCUCAGACCGCCGUGAUAGUGAAAAAAAAAGCAACAGACGUGCAUUUUUUUGUACAUUUCCAUCUGGACUUGAAAGCUGUGCUGACAAAGCAGCUUAUACAUUCUUUGCAUUUCUGGAAAACCUGCCUGUUGGUCUUGUCAGACUUUAAUCCAGCUGACUUCCUUCAAGGAGACCUUACCAGUUUUGGAAUGUGAUGGUAUUCUGUGUUACUUAUGUUUAUUUGUUUCCUCAUAUUAGGUAAGUCCUUUUUUUCUUGUUAAAUGCAAUUUUGUGUUUUAUUAUUAAUAUUAUUAUUAUUAUUAACGGCUUGUUUCUUUUUUGUAAUAUUAAUAAACAAUCAUUUCUUUAGUGUUUUGACACAUAACAUAACAGUGAUGAAAACAACACAGUCAAACCUGUGUAAAACGGUCACCCUUGGGAAAUGGCAAGGUGACCGUUAUAUACAGGUUGACCGCGAUGUACAGGUCAACUUCGCAGAAAAUAUAAGGCAACUGGAAAUUUUUUGGGAAGUUGUCCGGUGACCGCUAACAACAGGGCUGUUACAUACAGGGUUGACUGUACUUUUGUUGCUUGAUAUGAUAACUGCUUGCCUGCUUGUUAUAAUGAAUUAGGCCCUGUCCACACCAAUCCAGACAUUUUUGAAGCCGCAUAUUUUUUAUCUGAAUUUGUGUGGAUUAAAUAAAUCUAGAGAGCGGUGUCAAAAUAUGUGGUUUCAGUGAGGAGAUUCAAUGGUUUUUUGUGGAGGGAAGGCCCUUUCGUAUAAAAAAUGCAGUUUCGAAGAUAUUCGAAUUUGUGUUGAUGAGGUGUUAAUGAAUGUGGGGAAAAAGAAGAUGCAAAACCUCUUAUACUGUAACUUCUUUUGUCUGUGCACCCCUAGGUACAGAGUAGCAUUCUGGACAGUAACAUGGAUUUGUUUAGUAACUGCAUUGGAGCUUGCCGCAACCUGCAGACUCCUCCUGAGGGCUUUGUUGUUUGAAAGGGGAUGAAUGUUAAUCUUGGAUUAAAAAUUCACCAAGCUUUGGUUUCUCUAUUUUGAAAUUGUUUAUCAUGAUUAUGAUGUUGGUCAAAAUUGUAGUGCAUUGGGAUAAAGUCCCUUAGAAUGUAUGUGCAGGUAAAGUUAUUUAUCUCUGAAUAAAUAGAUCAUUCUUCCGUCUGUUUCAAGGUUGUUAAUGUGCUUAACUUGUGCCUUUGUACAGUAUAACGGGUAACAGAGUACAUAUCAGAUUCAUUUUGGGCAGCUAAUCAACUUUCAAACAAUCAGUCAUCACAAAAGGGAAUUUAGUCAACAAUGCAGGAACCAAUCUUACUUAUCCUGAAAAGGCAAGUCAUCCAAAUUAAAACAAAGUUUUUCAUAUUGCUAAGGUAGUGUAAAACGUGAGAAGCAAUUCAAUGUUUCUGCUGUAAUGUUAAUUAUUACGCUAGUGAGGAUUGAUAAUUGUUCCAUGAUGUAAGUGUCAAUUAUAUUAUUCAAUACAUAAGUUUAGAAUUUCAGGCAAUAUCUUGCGUCGAACAGUUCGAACGAUUCAGUUCACUCUCCUUACACACAUUUUACAGUCUCAAUGGCUCAAUCAAUGUCUCCGAACUCUCUUCGACCCUCCAGCUGUCUCUCAAAACCGAAAUGAGACCCGGCCCCUACUUUUAAUACAUGCAAUCGCAAAUAGAUCAGUUAGAUCGUCAAAUGGCCGCUGCAGGCGUCUCGCUUCGCCCCGACCUUUGCCACAGUAGCAAACCAGCACUAUUAAUCCCAUCCCUUCAAGGCCGCUACCAGACGAUGGCCCUUCUGCUUCAUUUCCAUCCAUCGAACAGUUCGAACGAUUCAGUCCACUCUCCUACACACAUUUUACAGUCUCAAUGGCUCAAUCAAUGUCUCCGAACUCUCUUCGACCCUCCAGCUGUCUCUCAAAACCGAAAUGAGACCCGGCCCCUUCUUUUAAUACAUGCAAUCGCGAAUAGAUCAGUUAGAUCGUCAAAUGGCCGCUGCAGGCGCCUCGCUUCGCCCCGACCUUUGCCACAGUAGCAAACCAGCACUAUUAAUCCCAUCCCUUCAAGGCCGCUAGCAGACGAUGGCCCUUCUGCUUCAUUUCCAUCCAUGGCUGAAGAAAUCAAGAAGCACUCAGGUCACAAAUCUUCUCUUCCUCAACAACGCUCAAGUACAUCUGUUGUGUGCGGAUCCUCUCUUCUUUUUACCAGCUUUUCUGGACACAGGCCAACCGAGAGGGAAUGUGCACGAACGGGACUCAGGUCCCAUGCGAGGUGCCAUCCCUACCCAAUCCCACAACCCGUAAAGGUUGGACACACUACCGGGGUCUACGACCCCUACUCUUUUCGAAUAGUGGCGUGGGUUCUUUUACGUCCCACAAGAACAAAUUAGUGAAAGUGCUGUGAGACGGGACCUACGGUUUUUCGUCCUUGUCCGAGAAGACUAGAAAGUCUAACCAUUUGCAGAUGUCACUUCAAAGGCAGUACUUUCUUCUCUCCCAACUGAGCUAACCAGGCUCUGGCGAAACCACGUAUCGUUCUACGAAGUCAGAGUCUCAGCCUACCACUAAAGCUUGCCGUCAGUGGAAUUACAUCGGCUCAUGCCCGUGCGCCACUUCCAGCUCUACCUACGCCGGACAUCAUAAAUACCGGGUUUGCGCUGCCACUCCCUCAAUGCUUCACUGUCCUAAACGGCGUAUUCCUGUGCCCGAUGUCACCUUUACUUCAGAUCAGGACUCGCGACUCGUUUCGUCUUACGCGAUCACAGAGGUUUUAAUGGGGAAUCUGGUUACGGGUUCAUCUCCGGGCUAUUUUUUAUUAGUAAAUUCCAACUAGUGGUCUAUUAUCAAUGCUGCGUUCUGAUUGGUCAGUCAGCGGUCGCCAGCAAUGGCGAAGGUUCGGGGUUUUCUUGGUCCUUGAAUUUUGGCCCUUCUUAGCCUGCUUAUGCCAUCUAAGAUACAGAAAAACAUCACCAACUUACCCAAAGUUGCUGGAGACACUAAUGAAUACCGCUUUUCCAACUUUAAUAGCGUGAUUACAGCAGUUUUGUGCCACGCACAAUUAGAGAUUGGAAUAAUCUACCACAUAAUGUUGUAGAAAUUGUGGACGAUGCUAAGUUCCGCAAAUUAUUGUUAUUUACGAUUCUCUAGAAAUCCGCUGACCCGAGAUGUAAAUAAUAUCUUUCAUUUAAUGAACGAGGUUACAUCAAAUAAAUAAGUGAAGUGAAGUGAAACUACUAGUAGGCUACAUGUUAUAGGGCCACUAGUAGCGAAACGCGCCGACUUUUUGGCGGCAAAAAAGGAUUAAAGUCUACAAUCCUCGCCAAAACUCCUUGAAACACCUAUGCACGUCCGUUUCCCCCUGCAAUGUUGAGAUGUUAUUGCAAAGUUGCGUGGCUACAACAACAUUGCAAAAGGGAGGGGGAAAACAAAAGGGAGCAGAAUUUUCCAAAGUGUUUCAAGGUUUUUGUCUAAGAUUCUCUGAAGUGUCGGGAAAUUUUCGGAGCAUGCGCAAGAAAUGCCAAAUAAGACUUAAACAUUUUUAGUGGCGACUACGCGCCUGCCUUGCAUCUGCAACGUGUUGCAAUGAUGAUGUACACGUUUGUUGAAGUUCGAUAAAUUAUGUGAAUUUUUUUUCUGAAUGUGAGAGGAGAAGGUGAAAUGUCUAAGGAGAAGAGUUGUGUUGAAAAGAAAUUUUCACUUGAAAGGGAGUGAGUGUAUUCCAGCAGAAUUUGCAGUUGUGAGCUUUUCUGUCGCAUUGGAACAGUGUAAUUGUGCUAGGACCUGAAAAGAUUUAGCACAAGAAAUGGCGUUGCUAGAACAGCCAAUUUACAGAAGUAUUUUUUCCUCGAUAAGAGUAAUUUCUGAAGGUAAAUGUUAGGCAGGUAACUUAAAACUGGCCUUAUUUCUAUUGAAAUGGGACUCGCCCCGAAUUAAUUCCGUUAUGCAUGUGUUGUGUAAUGUACACAGGCCACGGUUUACCAUUACGUUUUUUCGGUCUCAGUGGAUUUGAAAAAGUCGCCGCACGUAUUGAUAUCUGCAAACAAAUGCAGACAUGUAACGUCUUCAAUAACAGCAUUGUUUCCAAAGUGUACGACUGUUACUUUCUAAUGCGGUCUGCUCACGACGAGAAAUCAAAAGGGUCAACGGUUUACCGUUGUUAAAUAUGAAAGUAACGCUUGUGACAUCUUUAUUUUAUUACACGGUAUGGUUAACCGUUGUAAAAACCCUGAAAUUCACUCUGUGGCCAGAUCUGAACUUAACAGUUGGGUUGGAUAUUUAGUUAACUUCAUAUCAAAACGUUUUUUAAGCUACAAAACACACAUUUCAAACAGAAUAAGAGCAAAAACCAGUGGUAAACCGUGGCGUCAAAACGGGGGGUUAACCGAUGACUGUUAACAUUACGCAACAGCUGCAUCACGUAAUUAUAUCGGGACGAGUUCUAUUUACAUAGAACUCAGUGAGUUGCUCAGUAUCGGGUUAAUUUGUUUUCUUUCCUUGAAUUUCCUGAAUUUCCAUUCGGCGCUGCAUACGGUUAUCCAUCGAGUUUUAUCACAUUUCUUCUUCUCUAUACUGCAGGUAUUAAGAAUUGUAUUUUUCAUGUCCAUUUUGUCCGUUCUGUGAAAAAUUACUUUUCUCUCGCAUUUGGCAUGCAAGUCUCCACUUACUAAUUAAAAUAUGUUCACUACUGGAUUUAAAUCAGUUCGCAUUGAUAUCAUGUCUUGGAUAAUUCUGCAUUGACUGCAUUGGGUCCGCUGUUGGAAAUUAGUAAUGUUGCCAAACCCUUGUCUUCUUGGUUAGCUCCCUGUUUUGAAUAAAGUUCGUAUUGUAAUUUCCCCUUGAAAUCGAGAAACAGUUCUCGAAAAUUUUGAGCGUUAAAGAUUGCCAAGAAAGAAAUUCUCGCCAUAAAUUUAAAAUCUUUAAAAUCACAACACCUUACGCUAUAGCUCAAGCUUGCUCUUUCUUCAAGCAUGCCGCAACGUUUGAAUAGCGUGUAAUGAUAACCUGAUGGCCUUUUACACCUCACACAAUCCUCGCCAAAAAUCCUUGAAACACCUAUGCACGUCCGUUUCCCCCUGCAAUGUUGAGAUGUUAUUGCAAAGUUGCGUGGCUACAACAACAUUGCAAAAGGGAGGGAGAAGACAAAAGGGAGCAGAAUUUUCCAAAGUGUUUCAAGGUUUUUGUCUAAGAUUGUAGCUUUAACUGGCUAAAAUUUUAUAUUCUCGAUAGUUUUGACCAACUAGUUGGAUUUUACUAAAACAAUUAUUCCUCUCGCCCUCAUGGCCUCUGAGUCAAUAGCCAUUGACUCAGAGCCAAUUCGGGCUUCAGGAAUAAUUGUUAAUUGGACACUCAAAAUAUACCUACAGAUUAUCAUCAGGUUAGUGUUAGCGCCGUCACAGCGGUCGUGCAGCACAUGAUCGCUUCUAAGUCUCUUCACCGAACGCCUUUAAAGCUCUCCCAGUAGAAUCUCAGUUAGAUCUCUCUGCCUGGGAGUACCAUUUACGGGACUAUCAUGACGCUGUUGUUAAAGAUUUUUUGCGUUUUGGUUGGCCUAUCAGUUAUACGGCCGUUGUUUUACCUUCUUUAAAUCGCAUAAUCACCCUUUCGCUAUUCAAUUGGCCAGACACGUCGAAUACUAUAUUCAAACCGAACUCUCUUUCAACGUUAUUGCAGGCCCGUUCCAAAGCAACCCUCUACAUCAACCGCUGAUUUGCUCACCUUUACAAACAGUUCCUAAACGGGGAUCUACUCAUUUCAUACAGCUACACGGACGGCGUUGUUUGGUUUACAUGAAAGAUCUACCGUCAACUCCCUGUAGACCCUACGGUUUUCCUUUAAACGGCCAGCUCUAUUUCGACAUUCGCUGUUCUUUUCGGUUUACGAACAAGCGCCAUAAUCUGUCAGCGCACUACAUCUGCCGUUUUUCAUAUUUUUACUCAACAGGGCUAAACUGCUGACGUUUACUUAGACGAUUUUUAUGGCGCGGAGGAUCUGGCACUCGCUUUCACCGUUUUUCAAUAUGUCCAAUUUUUAUUCGAUCAACUGGGAUUGCAACCUUCGUCCGAGAAAGACUAUCCCCCUGCUCCAAGAUGGUAUGCUUAGGCAUUGAAGUAGAUAGGGCUGAUUUCAUUUUACGAAUUCCUUUUGAUCGCCUUUAAGAGCUGAUCAUCGAACUGAAAUCUUGGCAGUUUCGCACAUCUCAUCGUUUAACUGAGUUACGCUCAUUGCUUGGCAAAUUGUCGUUCGUCACCGCGUGUGUCAGGCCUGGUCGUGUUUUCAUGUCACGCUUGCUUAACAGUUUACGUUCUUUCCCACACCGCCGUCGUUCAACUGUCAACUAUCCGGGCAUGAGAUUGGACAUCGAGUGGAUAUCGAGUGGUGGCUCACGUUCCUUCCGCGAUUUAAUGGCGUUUCGUGCAUUAUGCCUGAUUUGUGGUCAUUUGACGAUCUUCAUUUCACAUUUAACACUUGCCUCUCCGACCUAACAGAAAACAAAACUCUUCAAAUUGUUGACACCCUCUAUACUACUUGGUGGAUAGCGCCACUUAAACCAAUUUAAAACCUUUCACACGAAGCAAACAAAAAGACGUUUCUCGGGGAACGGUUUUUUGCUCGGCCGCGGCACCAGCCCGGCGAGUGCGCCCUGUUAGAGAAUGGUUGCAGAGAAGCAUGUCGAUCUCACCCUUUAAGUAGAACCUAUCGCUGCUGACACAAAGUAAAGGCUCUUGAGUUUGCGCUUCAAUCCGCCUAUACCCAGAGAGUGUCGGACAACGCGACCCCCGAGAUCCAUAAAAAGUCCAAACGAAAAAAAUGAGAUCCCUCUCACUCGAUGCAUUAUGAGCGUCCUUUUACGGGAAAAGACCUCUUUGAUUAUGAUGACUAAAUACAAGCAAUUGCGCCAACAAAGUGGAUCGAUAUUUUGGAAAGACGCCACCUCACUGAUUGCUGAAUUCGCCGGGGAGGUCGAAGAGGAAAGGGGCAGAAGAUUCACAAAACGGCGGUUUUUGCGUGAUGUGAACGAUUAUUUGACAACAAGGGCAUUUCAGGAGAUCGAAAAAGAAAAUCUAUUGUCAAAACCACAGAAUCUACAAAGGGCAUUUUCCUUUGAUUGAAAACCAUUUCCAGCAGGGGUCUGCUGGAUACGAAGUUGAUGACGAAGGUACCUUUUCGUUGAAAUAUUUACCUUCGCGCUUCGACGAAAUCGGAGUGCCCCAGAUGAACAUCGGCAUCCUCGAAGAUCACGCUUUUCUGAUUAGAAAUCUUGAAAAAGGGACAAACCACUAUUGUUGUAACGAUUGUCAACAAACAUUUACAAAAAUUGUUAAUCUGCGGCGACAUGCAGCGAUUUGUUAAAGUGGGGCAACCAAGGAGGUGUGUCCAGGGGAGCAAGUUCAAAUCCCCGAAACUGCAUAUGAAAAAGCGUUUUAUGGGAUGAGGGAUUAUGGUGGAAAGGCGGUAAGCUGGAUUGAUAUUCAUCACCAAAUGUGUGGUCACUGUGGAGAAAUGGUGAUUGCAGGUUAUCCCGUGGACGGUUUUUGUCUGAAAACAAAUACGGUGUUUCAGUUUCACGUGUGUCGUUGGCAUGGCUGUCCAAAGUGUUAUCCAACUCAAUGAAAGAGAUGGGUAGCUUUCGAAAAAACCAAGCAAGGGAAAGGAAAAUUAACAAGAGAUAUGCGGUAUGCACGAACCCUGGAAAGAAGAAAAGCCAUUCUUGAAGCGGGAUUUAAAUUGGUCGAGUGUUGUGGGCACAAUUUUCAUGAAAAACCAAUUUAUCUGAAAAAGAAAACAGAAACCUUUCCGCACGCCAUCGUGUACAUUUUCGAGGCGUUGCUUCCCGUGAUCAAAAGUCUGCAAGCGACGAAAGACCUGCUGUUUAAAAACGAGCACCUUCCUGUUUCUGUUUUGCUGGCAGACACGCUGAACAGAGAGCCAGAACACAUAAUAAGCAAAGAUCGGGAAGAACUUGUAAGGAAAUUCUGGGAGGCGCUUGUUCGAAGGGCUGUUGCCAUCCGAGAAGACAUGCAGCGCUACAUCCCGGAGGAUUUCAGUUUCUUUCCCGAGCAGCAACAAUAGCUGAUAAGCCAAUGGUGUUUCCAGACCCCGGUUACGGGUUUCAACUUAGGGUGCUGUGAUCUGAAUCUAAUCAAGAAGUAUUUUGUGACCUGCCUUGCUCCGGAAGGUGAUGUAAAGGUGGUGAACAAACAAAACAAGGUCAUGCACAUGUCCAUACCGAUUUUCAAGUUUCUGGACAUCUAUAACUAUGUCAGCCCAGAUGCAAGUUACCACAAAUGGGUGAAAACGUACAGGGCCAAAUUAUCGAAAUCAUGGCUGCAGUUUGAGUGAUUUGACUCUGUCGACAAGUGGGCCUUUCCAGGCCUUCCGCCGUUUCCUCGUUGGUUUUCAAAACGGAAUAACGAGUCCGUAUUGUCCUUUGAAGAGUAUGAGGACUGUCAGCGAUUGUUUGGGGAAAAUGGAGAUGAAGAGGUUUUCCGCUUGGCUGGAACGUUACAACAACGGGGAUGUCGAGCCCUUUCUGGACUCCCUGGAGUCCAUGCGAGUCUUCUACGCGCACGGGGUUGGGAAUCGACAUCUUCAAAGAUGCGGUGUCGCUGCCGGGGGUCUCGAUGAAAUAUUUCCUGCGGAGCACGCUUAAACAAAGAGACGCCCCGGAGUUGUACGCCCCAGGCAAGGAGGCCUACGAAAUGCUGAAAGAAGCGGUUGUCGGGGGGUCGAGCGUGGCCUUCUUUCGAAAUAACGAAGCUGGCAAAACGAGAAUCCGUACGCACAAAUUUCAAGAUGCUAAGAUGUGUCGAAAAGGUCUGGGCUACGACACCAACGCGCUGUACCCACGCACAAUGUUGGGUGUCAUGCCCUGCGGCAAGGUGGCCGUUAUGCAUUGGCCGAAAACGCCAGGGAACGUCGAAAAGUUUUUCCGAUUUUUGCAGCAUGACAAAUGGUUUGGCUUAGCCGAGGCGGGCAUCGAGGCGCCAAAAGAGUUGUGGGAAAACUUUGAAGAAAUGCUGCGGUCGUUCUACAACAAACCCGUCUCAAGCGCGGCGGUGCCGCAGCACAUGAAAGACUACUUGGCCCGCUGCAAGCGCAAGCCCAUGCACGACCAACAAAAACUGUUUGGCGCACUUUCAGCCCAAAAAAUGUUAUUGUACGCUCCCUUGUUAAAAUGGUAUCGACCAUGGUUUGAAAGUCACCACGGUGCAUAGAACAAUUGACUAUGUGUCUCAAAAAGCUUUUAAGUGGUUCGUGAAGAAAGGCACGGAAAACAGGCGCAAGGGCCACCAAAAACCCGAGCUCCAAUCUUAAAAAAAACUGUUGAGAAAAUUUUAUACUUAAGGAGCAUUUUGCUAACUAUCGUAUCUGCAGCGGUUCUUCGCUUUCCCCCUUCCCCUGAAAGCAAUGUUGUUGUGUAUUCAAAGGAAAGCCUGAUCCCUAGGCGUUUGUGGGAAGCAACAUUGAAUUGGGGGAAGGAGUUUUCUUUCCGCAAAGGCAUCGUUUUGGAAAUAGUCUUGUUGCUUAGGAAAGUAGACAUAAUGGGGAAAACUUUCUCAAAUACUUUAUUACAAAACCUCAAUUAAAAUCCCUUUUACAAUCAACCUGCUGUUACAAAAAAUCUAAUUAAUUCAUCAAAACACUAUCUACAAUUCCUUCAUUAGAGAACAAAAACAAUCCUAUAUAUAAUAAGUGAAGAAAGAAAAAAACUAUUCAUUUACAAAUUCUAAAAGAUAGAAGUAACUUAACCUUACAUAAAGGAAGAGGAAAUAGAUAUAAUUAAUAAUAAAAGUUCAAAAUUCUAUAGAAUUAAGAAUUCCAUUAUGCAGAGAUAUUAAGAUCAUACAAUCGAAUUAUACUAAUGACGGCUAAACCAGUGUCCAUAAAAAGCCCUAAGUAAAAGCAUAUAGACACGUAUUUCAGAUAUCCGCACUAGCGGCAUUUAUUUUACAGUCUAAUGAUUGCUCUAUCUUGCUACGAAACGGCGUUCGCGAACCUCUGACGCAAGCAUGUACCGAUCUUAAGAGUUCAAACGAGAUCUGUGUCCUGAGCCAAGUGAUUACAACAUGAUAAGGCUCGGUGUCUUUCUGAGCUAUCUUGUCUGCGAGAUGCUUUAAGAACCGAUGACACUCGUUUCCCAUUCCGCCAUUGGUUCCAAACACUAAAGGCGUAAACGAACCCAUUUCUACAUCUAACACCCGCAGCUGGUACUUGCGCUUCUUCUCUUCUUCUUGCUCUUUGAACACUUCCGAUGUUGGCUUGCUCUGGUAACACUUGGAGUUGACGUGCGUAACUCUAACAUCAAAAAAUGCCGUAACUCCUCUUGCCCAGAAACCUCCCGCUUUGAUGUCCAACCUUGCCUCAGAACUUGUAACAGCGCUCCUCAAAUGAAAUCGCUCGUUGUCCAGGGGUUGAAGGCGUGGUUCGAUUUCGACAUUAUUGCAGAUCUUGUUGAUGAAUGUCGUUAACAAGUUCCGUACACCGUCAUGUCUCUGCGCUACAAACCCCCCCUUUUUACAAGAGAGGGUGUGACUAACGGUGAAUUUAUCCCCACAUAUGCAAUGACUUGGUAAAUCGACUAAGGGCAAGUCAUAACGCAGGCGUAGCGAGUCUCUGAACUCUUGCUUGUUGAGGGCUAAACCUUUGUCUCCGAGAGGCAUCGCAUUCAGCCAAGAACGUGCGCCCUUGUCCCUCGAUUGAUUAACUAGACGCAGCAGGCCUGGGGAGAGGCUUGAAUCAAUGCUAUCCAUUUUCUCUUUGGCACUUGCUCUCUUAAGUGAUUGUUGAUGCCUCUUUAGCUCCUCCGUAGAUCUUUCUCCUGGCACCAUGAUGGAACUCUGUGAAGUAAUAGAAUCUACGUGCGCGGUGGUUAUUAGUCUCGAGGCAGCAAACUGCUGCGGUGCCUCGGAUUUCAGAUCAGGAAUGCCUAGACCCCCUUGACCUGUUGCUAAGGUAGCAAGUCUGCGAACCUCGUUAGGGAGAGGCUCUGAUUGACCGAACAAAGUUGGGAGUAGUAAAUCUUCAAUCACUUCCUGGAUUGGAUCGACAUAAAUUUCAAACGAUUCAAUCGUGCGCAUGAAGUAGGUGAACUUCGACUUGUAGCCUUUUGUGAAAGCAAUAUACGCCGCAUGGGGCUGGCUCUUCGCUAUUUCAGAGAGACGCUCGAUUUCCUCUUUCCAUGCACGAACCUUCUCCUCAUAAUACUGAUCUUUGUAUUCUUGCGACGCAAUAACUGCUCCCAGAUGGCGCUGACCUUCAGUUGUUAUGUUGACUUCCUCUCCAAACACCCUCUUUGCUUCCUCCGCUAGUUCCCUAGACUUCACAAUAAGCCAGCUCUUUGUCCCAUUCACAAGGUAACCAAACUUUUGACCUUCCUUACUCAAUUGCCUGUACCAGUUGUAUACCUGCACUAUACUCCCUCCUCCAGGUGAGUCGUCUGCAAGCCACACCUGUUUAACCAGUGGGCAAUGAUCCCUCAAAUUCUGUAUCAUUAUGGAUGUACGUACCAUGGCAUCGCUAGCGGAUCUCCUUGUGUGGUGCCUUCUCGAGAAAGUAUUUCACCUCCCCCACAAAUAAACAGUCUAGAUGGGCUUCUAUAUGUGUUAAUAACAUAGAGCGCCAUUUCUUUGCACAUGAUCUGGAUAUUGUGUAAGGCCGCUGACCUAUUCAUUUGGUUAAAAGCGUUACUAGCAUCAAUUAGCAAUAUUCCAUCUGUUCCUUCUUCAACAAACACUUGACUCAUUGCAUGGAUCGCAGCCUCCGCUCCUGCAUUAUGACCAGCGCAAACUUGUAGGGGACCCGCCGCUUCUUUUAUUUCCUCCUUUAAGAAACCGCCGACCGUUUUCCCCACUAUUAUCCUUAGUACCUCUCCAACACCAAUUGGUCUGAUUCCCGGGUUCUUGUCAAGCGGGAUAAGCCUGCAGGACGUAAAGGCUUCAAGUAAGGAUGGGUGGUACGAUUUCCUUAGCAGAUUUCUUGUGAACACGGCUAGCUCUUCUCUCAAUAUUUUGCCCUCGGUCUUGAAAUUCUUAGAGCACAGGAUUCUCUUAUACAGCUCUGCGUCCAUUCCAGAUGGUCCGGCUGAGCCCUUGGUUUUACUUGCCGAGUUGUAGAUCGAUUCUUCGUCUAUAAGGUCAUAAACAUUUGGCGGAAUAUAAUCAAUUGGGCCAUGCAACAAACUCUCCUCUGCGAUAUCAGCUGCCUGUGGGUGCUUGUCCUGUAGCCCUUGCAGGACAUCUGGCGAUAGGUCGAGCAGACCGGACGAGCUCUCGUUAUCUAGGAGUUUCAUUGCAGCUGCCAAUUUUCCUUGCAGAACCAGCUUUGAGAAGGCUUUGGAUAUGUCUUCAACCUUUCUAGGUUUCUUGGAAUUCACAAAUUUCCCUUGAAAGAAACUCACUUCUUUAAGCAGCAAAUCAAUGUCCCCUUGUUUCCAGAGUGCUAAUCGACGCUCUAUUGCUUCACUAUGCUCCUUGCUUUUGGAAGUAGCGGAUGGUUUUUGCAAAAUCAAAGUUGGGAGCACCAUGAAUGCUUUAAGAGCGACCGAGUUCAAGUCAGAGUCUGAAUUAAAUUGCUUAAUCCAGAAGGUUAAUUCUUCAAUGAAACUCUUCCCUGCGCGACCCGAUGGAACAUUGAAUAUAUUCCUCCUGUAGUGGACGAUGUCAUCGUAAACAUCGUUGACAGUAUUACAGAAACAUGCGUAACUAAUAAUGCCCCAAGUUUUGUUCUUUGUUUCGGAGGGAAGCACAUCAUAAUCAGGCAGAUUUGGCUUGAUUUGAUUUUUGUUGUUUUGAUCCUUGCAAGUAGCAGUCCGUCCCUGGGGAGCUCUUUGAUCAGCAAUGUCGGAAGAAAUAUGCAAUACUUUUGUCCGGGAUUAUAGCGCUGUUGGCAGAGGUUUUCAAGUUGUUGGGCAACAGAGCAUAUGGCAAGCUGAUCAAAGCCUUGGAAAGGCAGGCAACCGUGAAGUAUACAAAGAGCGAGAGCGUCUUGAGAGAGUUGCGCUCGGUGUGGUUUCAAGAUUUGAAGGAGAUUGGUGACGUGUACGAGGUCGAGACGCGAAAGUGCCAAGUGGACAUUAACCUCCCCUUUCAGGUGGGGAUAGUGGUCUACCAGAUGGCUAAGCUGCGAGUCCUGCACUUUUACUAGGACUGUCUGGACAAGUUUCCUGAUAGGCGAGAUUUUUAGCUGAUCCAGAUGGAUACCUACAGUUUGUAUUCCGCUUUUUUGUGUGAUUCUUUCGAAGAGGCGGUGCGUCCGGAGCUGCGGGACGAGUUCCAAACAUGCCAAAAAGUGGUUCUCUUUGAACAAAUGGAGCGAGCGCCAGCCUGGGAUGUUUAAGCUGGAGUUCGAGGGUGUUCGGGUGAUUGGUCUUUGCAGGAAGUGUUAUUACGGCGAGGACGAGAAAGGUAACGUGAAAGCGUCCUCAAAAGGGGUUCGAAAACGCCAAAACAAACGGCACCGGGUCUGUUACAAAGACGCGCUGGAGGGGGACGUAAAUACCGCCACAAUCAGAGGAUUUCAAAUGAAUGGAGGGAUGAUGUGCACCUAUAAGCAAAAGAAGCUGGGAUUGAGCGCGAAUUACGACAAACGCUGGAUUCUGGAGGACGGCAUCCACACGGAACCGAUUGAAUACCAAAUCGAGGAAGAGGAAUCGUAGGAGCGAGAGCUGUGAGAAAUUCUAUGAGGUGGGCGGCAGCUCGCUGUCGGCAGGCACGACAAGAAGUUCCUCGCGAACAAAGCUGCGUUUGGGGCCUUGGUGCAACUAAUACAAAAUCGGUUUAUUGAGCUUGGUGAUGGUUUUCUGGAUGUGGUACACUUUCAAAGACCAGAUCGGAUCUGUGGCCCUUUUUCUUCCACCUUCGAGCUCGCCGGUUGGUAGAGAUAGCGAACAACUGCCGAGAAGGGGAUCCAUUUUUCACGUCCCCCAACAAGUCUGUUGUAAGAAGUCGCAGGUUUUGGAACAAACGGCCUUUUCUUUAAUAGCUUCAGCGGGUUUUUUUGCCGAGAGGCGAGUCACUUCGCUAUUCAGAGCGAAGACCACAGCGAGAAGCCGCACCAGCCAUUAGGAAGAUCUUUGGCCAGCAUGCAGCCGCAUCUCAACAGCAUACUGAUGGCCGAACAGGGGAUCAGCAAGGGUGCGGUUGGCUUUCCACGAUCGCCUGGUCCCGGUGAAUAUCAACCCGCCCGCGUCGAAUAUUUGUUUUUCGUUUUUCCAUCUCUUUCGUGACAGCUCCCAUAAACUCGCGCCCCUGGUUCACUUGCAAGGGCUGUGGCCAUCUCAAAGGGCCGCGUUUUUAAUGUUUUUUGAAAAGCGCAUGCAACCUCAAUCGAGUCUUAGAGGUCAAGGGGUCAGCCUCUUUGAAACUGCUGGCCACAUCAACGACGUUCAAAGCGUAUUUUUAUGUUUCUCGACCCUGACCACGCCCCACAGUGUCUUAUAAAAAUCGAAAGGCAGCGUAUCCAAGCGCAAGGGGGCCGGUCGGUGCCAACAAAGAUUAACUCGCCUUGUUUUUGCAGGGCGCUGGGCUGGUAGAAGCCAGAGAACUUUGGUUCGCUGGGCGUCGUGAGUGGCGCAUCUUGGUGCAUCCGGUUGUAGAGCUUGAAGGUGUAGUCGGUGUUCGUAAAGUUUUGUUUGGCCUGCUCAUUGAUUUCGUCUUUCGUUUCGAUCCAGUCAAGCAGCUUUGUUCUUUCUUUCUGGUAUUCUGGUAUUUGGCAUAAUCGGGUGGUAAUCCUCUACAAGCGGCCUUAGAUCAUCACCAGAAAGAAAACAGGACAGAUAAUUUUUCGCUAAUGAAAGCCACAGCGUUAAGCACAGCGCCACCAGCUAUGAUGCAACACUUGCCAUGCUAUAUAUAAACUCAGACGUUUUUUGGUAGGAUUUUUUAUCUCCGGGGUACUGCUUCAGAGAGAUAGCGGCAGGCAUCACGAUUGUAGACGUUACGUAGUCAUGGCAUUGCCGCUGGGGUCGGCGGUCAAGUUUUCUUUGACGAUUUUUUGGAAGCCCAGCUAAGGCCGGCGGCCAGGACGGUAAGUGCUGCAGCAUCGAGAAUGGUUUUGACGAGCUUGCUGUCGGACAUCGUAUAUAUUCAUGUGAAGAAUUAUUCCUCGCCUGGGGCAUCAUCCGGUUCAGUUGUAUCAAAUUGAGGUUGACGAAAAAAUAUCUUUGAUAUUGACAAACGCUUCAUCAAAAAUUUGUACAGUGAGGGGGUGGCAAUGUUCCAAUAAACUCUCCACAGGCCGUAAAGCAUUGCGGUGUUGAAAGCAACCUUGUUGUCGGGCAUCGUAUGAAUUAUGUGAAAAAAUUUCAAUGCAUAAAGCGAAGAUUGCGGCUUGCUUGGGCUUUGGCUUUGGCCUUGGCUUUGGUUCUGGCUCAGGCACCACAUCUUCGCUUGGUGCAGGGGUUCCCCGGAGGGUGGUCAUAAUUGCCUCCCGCUGAUAAUAAACACCCAGUGCGGAGGCAGCCAGGCCUCCAAUGCCAAGAAGCAUGCUGUUGAUCUGCUGUGUCAGACCCCAAACGCUGAUGCCUGCAUGGCGGGUUGAAAACCCGAGAGAAACCAGCUGACCUCUGCGGCCAUUCACGUAUUUCGAAACGGUGCAACCGUCCAAAACAACCAGUGUGUUCGUGCACUGGAAAAAUAGCUGCUUAGCUUAAGCCAGAGGUCGACCUCUUCUUGUGACGGGAGAUGUCAACCUUGAUGGCCGCUUCAAGACUGCUUAUUGCCUGUUCCACGAUGUUGAGGAAAGGCUCUAGGGUGGAAGCAUUUUAAGCUCUGUAUUUAGGGCGCGAAUGGUCGGGUUUCUGUGGGCCGGCGCUCCGUCAUAAACAAAGAUCACCGACUCGUCAGGAUCUACGUUCGUCCUCGCUUGUGCCAGGAAGUUGUUAAAACGCUCAGCACUUAUUCCUCCCUCAGCGGCUGACGAAAACACAAGUCUGUUGAUGGGCGAUAUUGCCAUUGUCACGGUCAGGUUUCGUCCACGCUGGCCGCACACUUGGCGGUGCGCGCUUUCUCCCUGCCGCGCCCUGCCGGGACUUCUGGCCGUCCAAUAUUGUAGCAGCAUUCGUCAACAAACACACAUUGGCGGACUAUGGCGUAGUUCAUAAACCGUAAUCUGCUCGAUGGCUCAGCACGUUAGGUCUAUGUCUGUCAGGAGGGAGGGGUCUGACCAGUUUCACUCUGAACAGCAUCCCGUCUAACGUUCUUGAUACAGUACGGUCAUGUAUCUCGGGUUUGGCUGGUAACCAUCUCCUCAACUCACUGUUUAUUUGAGCAUGUGUGAGCAGAUAGUUUUCGUUGAUAAUUUGCUCUAGAUAGUCUCUCAUUUCAUCAUCUAUGCGCACGUUGUUUCUUCCACUUCUUGAUCUCUCCAGGAUCCUGCUUUCUGUGAUCUAACGCGCCACGAUACCCCUUGCCGAUGAUCGAUUCACGCUCAACGUGUCUGCGACUAAACGAUAGUCUUCCUGCUCGUCCUCGAAAGCCCUACCGAUUCCCUCUCUGUGUUCAAAGGUAUUCGACUUCUUCGUGGGAUUUUACAUCUACCAGUAGUCAAAAAACGCUCCCGAAGAGAAAUGAACAGGAAGAAAUUUUCUGAUCCUUUUACCCUAUUUUGCGCUUGACAUAGAUUACGUAACCUAUCUAAAGGGUUGUACAUACCAUGUGCAUCGCACUGGCAAAGAAAAUGUCAGGCAAAAUAGGUAUUCCAUUGAAAAUCGCUUUUUGUUUAUUGAAUUUAAAGAACGCGUAAUUUUUUGUACAAGUGCAUUAAUGUUUUUCUUAUCCACACUAAGGCCGUCUAGGAAUCCUAUUGAAUUGCAAACAGUGUGACAGAAAUGUUAAUAAAUGGCAUUUGCACCUUAAUGUUUGUCUAUUGUCCCUAUUGACUUUCAAGAUGGUGUUAAUGACUUGCAUAACGAGCGCAAAUGAAAGUAUAUAUUUUUCUCUUUUGUAUGCCGAAUAACGCAUAUGAAUGCCCAAAAGUGUUAUUUAAUGUUGAUUAAAAUGUAAAAAUCGCUAUUGAAUCUGAUUUAUGUGCAAAUGUUCGUAUUUUCGCGCUAAUGAAUGUCUCUUCGCGCAAUUGGUCGCCGUUUCACGCAAAUGAUUGCGUAUUUUCUCGUAAUUAAUGAACAGCAAAAGGUGUACUGUGAAACUCACAAAACUGUGAAAACCAGAAAUAUUUAUGAAAUGUUAUUGUAUUGCGAGAAAUAAGCCAAUAAGGCGUGAGAAAACUAAACCGCAAACAGCAACAGUAAUUACCCGUACCAAAUCCAACACUGUUUUGAAUGUAUUUUUAAGCUAUUUUUGAAAACUGUUUUUAACCUGUUUUGUGAAAUAGGUUUUAAAUAGGGUGAAAAGUGUAUUUUUAAUGUAUUUUUCGACUGCUUUUAAAGGUGUUUUAACCUGUUUAAAACGCUAUUAAAAGUAAUUUUUAACGUAUUUUAAAAUUCGUUUAUAAUACAUAGUUCAGAGCACCUUUAAAUCCCAUAGACUCAUUUUGAGUGGUAUUUUGAAUUGCAGAAGACGUUGCUGAAGUUGACAGUCCACUUAUACCUGAGAGCCAUGAGCUUGAUCAUUCAACAGGCGAGCCUGAUGGUAUCUGGAGGUACAAGAUGAGUCGCUCAACCAGAGGAAUAGCUGUGAUAAUAAACAACAAGACGUUCCUUGAAUCAUCAGGGCAUCAUAUGGCUCCGCGUACAGGCACAGAUAUUGAUCGUGAUGCUCUGAAAAAGCUUUUCAAGAAACUUAAGUUUAAGCCGGAAGUUCACAACAAUCAGACCACAGCUCAGAUUUUGCGGAUUGUAAGAGAGAAAGCAACUUCCGACCAUUCAAGUUAUGAUGCUUUUAUUUUUGCUAUCUUGACACAUGGAGAGGAGGGUUUCGUGUAUGGUAUAGAUGGUACUUUAAGGAUAAGAGAAAUUACCUCCAAGUUCAAGAAUAACAAAACCUUGGCUGGCAAACCAAAGAUCUUCUUUUUCCAAGCCUGUCGAGGUGAGCAAAAAGAUACUUUUUACUGACCGCACUUAAUUUUAAGUAUAUAAUUCUUCUUUUCCCCAUUCAAUUCGUUAUCUCUAUAGUGAGUCCCCUCUCCUUUAAUUUAACGACAUUUUUGUGGUGACAAAUAGACAAAUAGAAUUCAGUUGUGAGUAUCAUUUAGUAGGACAUCGUACACAGAACUCAAACACACAAAUAGUUGUUUUUUUUUAAUCACUAUGAAUUAGAUAAGGUUACUGUCAGAUUGUCAGAUUUCUUUUCUCACUUGGCAACUGAUUUCAUCAAGCUAACCUCGACGUUUUGACAGUGAUCAAAAAUAAUUCUGGCAAUGGGUAGUCCAAAAUGUGGUUGUUGGUCUUACUAAUGGGGUCCACGGUCAUAUAGCUGGGUUCCAUCAUAUGAAGCUUCUUCUGAUUUUCAAAAAUCUUCUCGUUGAAACCUUCUUGUACUCAUCUUAGAGGACGAUAAUCAUUUUUUAUUCUUAUGCAAAUAAAAGUCAUUUUCGCAAGUGAAAGUUUUUGGAACUCGGAAAGGGCCUCUGCCUAUUGAAUAUACUCAGCAUAUAUUUUUUUAAUCGUAGGUAAGGACUACAUGGAUGGCGUGAAUGUAGCUGAUGGCCCCCUGCAGCCCGAUCAACAAGUUUCUGUACCUGUAGAGGCUGACUUCCUCUUCGCUUUCUCCACUGUGCCUGGCUAUUACUCUUGGAGAAAUAUUGAUAAAGGAUCUUGGUUCAUUCAGUCAGUAGUAAAGGUGUUUAAUGAGCAUUCCCAUCAUAUGGAUAUCCUGCAAAUGCUCACCAGGGUGAAUGCAUUGGUAUCCAGUUACCAGGUGGGAUCUAACAAGAGGCAGGCUUCUUCUACGGUGUCAAUGCUGAGAAAAGACUUGUAUUUCUUCCCUGAAAAUGUUACUGAGUCACAAAAUAAUGCUGAUGACGCCAAUCCAUCCAUGAGUCCUCCCAGGUGGACCAAAUGUAUAAUUUUCUGAAAAUGACAAAAUCCCUGAGACAUUGAAAAACAAAUAUCAGAAGGAAAAAGUACUGCUCAAGAUCAGAGCUGUCACUUAGAUUUCAAGUUACUGGGUAUAUGCAAUUAAUAAAAUCCAACUAGUGGUCUAUUAUCAAUGCUGCGUUCUGAUUGGUUGAGCUACUACUAGGCUAUAUGUUAUAGCCCACUAGUACCGAAAAGCACCGGCUUUGAAAACCAAAACAUGCACAAUAACGGCUGAAUCGCGUUUUGCUAGCUAAAGUUGUUUUGUCUCGAUAUU